AUGAAGCCAAGUCCAUCAACGUCGACUACCGCUGGACCUUCUAACCCGGUAAGCCUGCCAGUUCAGGCUGAGAACAGCACAGUCCUGUUAGAAACCGUUUCAUUACUUGUUGUAAACAAGAACGGUACCGCAAUCCCCGCACGCGCACUCCUAGAUUCUGGAUCCAUUUGCAACUGCAUUACGAAGAAACUUGCCAACUCGCUGUGCCUCCGUCGUACCGAAGUGGACAUCGCAGUAGCCGGAAUCGGUGAAUCCACGAAGCAGAUCAAAUGUCAGUUGACUGCAUGUAUCAAAUCGAGAGUGACUCCAUACUUCAUCAAGCUUGAGUUCCUGAUCCUCGAGAGACCAACGGUCAAUCUUCCAACCAUUCCAAUGAAUGUAUCUGCCUGGAAGAUUCCAGAAUUACCCUUGCCAGACACCAGAUUCCACAUUCCGUUCGACAUUGACAUUAUUAUCGGUGGUGAAGCCUACCACGAGCUGCACCCAUGUAUUAAGCAUUCCCUAGGCAAGAGACGACCGUUAUUGUUUAAAACAGUAUUUGGAUGGACUGUUUCCGGAAAGGUAUCCGUUGAUCUUCCCAUCGUUUCUCGUACAUGUCACCUGACCACUGUUGAUCGUUUUCUGGAGAACGUGCUUCAGAAAUUUUGGAAAUCAGAAGCCGUCGAGCCUCGCUCAGUGUAUUCCGUCGAACAAACGCAGUGCGGAGAACUUUUUUCUGCUACCAUCACUCGCGAUUCGUCCGGUCGAUAUAUCGUUCGUUUGCCACUUACCCGAGAUGCGCUGAUAAAACUCAGUAAAUCCAGAGUCAUCGCAGAACGUCGCUUCCUGAAUCUUGAAAGACGAUUAGAGCGUGGUCCGCCCACCAAGGAUGCAUACUCCAAAUUCAUGGAAAUGGGCCCAUUGCGACAAGAACUUGUAGAAAAAGACGAAAUGAUUCAGCAGCUUCAAAUGGAAGCAGAAGGGCCGCCGAAGCCGCACAUACAGCCCGGCAAGCACAAGCUGCGCAAGCGGCAGCCGCAGCAAACAUAG